CUUGAGUGCUAUUGAUUGUUCAUUUACCUAACUAAUUUGUUUCAUAUUAGCUAUUUUAGCUUUCAUUGAUUCCAUACCUAUACUAAUCAAUAAGUCUAUGAAACUAAAUGGUUACAUAAAUAAUAUAUAAUGUAUCAGUCAAUAGAUUUUAAAGGGUAUGGUUUAUCGAAUGAAAGUGAAGAAAAUGUACCUGUUGGUUCCUUGAAUCAUCUAUCAACAAAAUAUGAGAGCUUGGAUUAUGAAGUCAUCGAAAAUGAGUUAUACCGCGAAGAAGAACAGAAAAAAGGUUAUAGAUAUGUUGUACAAAAAGAUUUUUCUAGAUGGAUGACAUUUUUUUGGAUUGGGGUAACAAUUGCCUUUAUUGGAAUAAUAAUUUUUAUUUCCAUUGAAAUUGGGACAAAUUUUAAGUUCACCAUGAUCAAAAAAUAUUUUGAUGAGUGUACACAAAAGGAUUGUAUGGUUAAACCUUAUUUGGUGGCCCUUGUGUUAAACUUAAUUCCAUCAUUAAUUGGGUCAUGUCUUAUAGUUUAUGUUGAACCUAUGGCUAAAGGUUCUGGUAUCCCGGCUGUGAAAUGUUUUUUAAAUGGAAUCAAAGUACCUAGAUUGAUUAGACUGAAGACAUUGGCUGUUAAAGUAAUAGGUGUUAUUACUGUUGCACUUGGUGGUUUGUGGGGUGGUAAAGAAGGACCUAUGAUUCAUGCAGGAUCUAUAGUAGCUGCAGGAAUUUCUCAAGGAAAGAGUACAACUUUCAAUAAAGAUUUAGGUGCAUUGAAUUUUUUUAGAGAAGAUCAUGAAAAAAGAGACUUUGUAUCUGGAGGUGCUGCGGCAGGAAUAGCUGCCGCUUUUGGUGCUCCCGUAGGUGGUUUGCUAUUCAGUUUAGAAGAAGGUGCUAGUUUCUGGAACCAAGCACUUACAUGGCGAAUAUUUUUUGGAUCUAUGAUUUCAAUGUUCACAUUACACUCUGUUUUAAGUGCUUAUCAUGGGCAUCCAGGUGACCUUACAUACAGAGGUUUGUUAAAUUUUGGAAAAUUUGAUGAUUUAUCAUAUCAUAUACUUGACAUUCCAAUAUUUGUACUUAUGGGUAUAUUUGGUGGCUUGACUGGAGCAUUGUUUUGUUAUUUAAAUCUUCAAUUAUUUAAAUUCAGGAAAAGAUAUGUUAAUAAAAACUGGAAAAAAGUUUUAGAAGUCUUAAUUGUUUGUACGACUACAGUGACAAUUAGUUUUUUACUCAUUCUGUUUACUAGUGAUUGUAAAAAAUUAGGACUUGAUCCAACAGAUCAUCCUAUUCAGUUUGGAUGCAAUGAUGGUGAAUUUAAUGCUAUGGCUGCUCUAUGGUUUCAGCUUUUAGAGGGAACAGUACGAUCAUUGUUUCAUGAUUCUCCUGAUGUUUUUAAUACAACUACAGUAGUUUAUUUUGGUAUAUUUGCUUAUUUCAUAACUUUGUGGACUUACGGAGUGCAUUUUAGCGGUGGUGUAUUAAUACCGGGAUUGUGUACUGGAGCAGCAUGGGGACGGCUUGUUGGACGAGCAGUAUUUCAUUUUUUCCCAAAUACAAAUAUAGGUAUAUAUUCGUUGAUUGGUGCUGCAUCACAAUUGGGUGGAAUUACAAGAAUGACUAUUAGUUUGACAAUUAUUCUAGUAGAAGCUACCGGAAGCAUAACAUUUGGUUUACCACUUAUGAUUUGUUUAAUGACAGCCAAGUGGGUUGGUGAUUUUUUUUCUGAAAGUAUUUAUGACACACAAAUUGAUUUAAGUGGUAUGCCAUUAUUAGCUUGGGACCCACCACCGUUAUCUUCUAACAUUUAUGCUGACAAUUUAAUGACACAUCCAGUUAUUACAUUUAAGACUAAAGAAUCAGUUGGAAACAUUGUAAAAACAUUAAAAAAAUAUUCUCAUAAUGGUUUUCCAGUAAUUGAAUACGUAAAAAAUUAUGAAUUAGAUGAAGGAAAGACUAAAUGUUAUCUGCGUGGUUUAAUAUUACGAUCACAACUAAUUGUACUUUUGGAAAACAAAGUAUUCGAUGGGCCACUAACUAAUUAUUGGGACUCUGUUACAAUGGAAACUUUUAGAGAAGACUAUCCUAGAUAUUCAAGUAUUGAAGAUAUUGAACUACUGCAAAAUGACCUAAAAUUAACAAUAGAUUUAUCGCGAUUCAUGAAUCCAUCACCAUAUAUUGUUCAACACACUAUGUCAUUGCCACGUAUUUUUAAAUUAUUCAGAGCUAUGGGACUUCGGCAUAUAGUUGUUGUGAACGAUUCAAAUGAAGUUGCUGGGAUUGUGACGCGUAAAGAUUUAGCUCGGUAUAAAGUAAUAAGACACAUGGGUAAAAUCAAUGUAAUAGAACAAAAGUGUUCAAGCAAAAUGGAAUAGGUAAAUAAUUAUCCCAAAGAAAUUAUCAAUAAAUUAUGUAUUGGUUUGUAAAAAACUUUACACCUUAAAACAUUGGUAUAUUUGUUAAUUUAUAAAUGGUAUUUUUAAAUUGAUUUAUAUUUAUCUAAUGUAUCUAAUGUAUUUAUAUUAUCACAUUGAAUUAAUUCAAAUCCUUAUAAAUAUAUUAAGAAAUAAAAUUGAUUAAUGUGAAUGUUGAAUCCAAGCAGUGGCGUGCGAUGAUAAUUUAUAUUGGGUAAGCGCUAAAAUAAAAGUUAAAACCUAAAAAAGGUAUAUUAUUGAUAAGAAUUACAAUAUAAAAUUUAUUUAUAAAUAAAAUACAUUUGUUUUUUUUUUGUUUCAAAAAUUCAUUUAUAAUAUAAUCAUAACAUUUUGGAUUAUUUUUCUUUGUGCAGUUCAGCUUCGAUUAAAUUUAAUGAUGUUCUUGGGUAGAUCUUUGAAACAAUUUUAUUGGUUUUAACAAAAAAAUUGAAGUCGUUGAAGUGUUGUACUAGGAAUAGGUAGUUAAAAUUAGUUGACCGAGUUAAAAGUUAAUACUUCUUAGAAAGCCGAUAAUAAAUUGUUCAUCUUAUUUAUUUUGACUAAAUCAUAAUGAUUAGCAUUUUAAAAUUCUUUAGGUAUGUAUAAUACAAUCAAUUCGUUUUUAAUCUAAUAAAAUCAAGUAUUUAUUUUAUUUGAAAUUCGUCUCAAAGUUUUUUAGUGCAAAAUUUUGAAAAUCUAUCAUGUAGUUUAAAUAUCUAUUUGGGUUAAAUGUUAAAAAUUUUAAAUAAUAAAAAUUUGAAUUUAUUUAAAAAAUCAAAUAGUGCUUGAAAAUUUGUUAAUAAGUUAUAACUUAUUAUCCAAUUACUGGAUAUAUCCAAUAAUUAAAAUAUUUCAUUAAUAAGUAUUUUGUAAAAUGUUUUCUGGUUUUUUACGUUGUUACUCAAAAUUGCUUUUUAUUUAAUAAAAAUGUUUACCAUAAUGUUUUAAAUAGAUUUAACCUAGGCAUUAUUUUGCAAUUGACAUUUAGUUUCUUUUUCAAAAUAAUAUGGUCAUUUGUCAAUGUACCUGUAUAAUAAAAUUAAAAUAAUUCUGUAGGCAACGGAAAAAUAUUGGAAUUAUGUUUUUAAAAAUAUCGGUAAGCGUUCGGCACAGCGCUUUCAACUGCCAAUUGCCAUAUAUAAACGUGGAUAUCCCUUUCUAUAGUUCUACUGCAACUGGUCAUUCUUAUAAUAAUAUUGGAACGAGUCGGCUGAGUCGGGUAAUCUAAAAUUUGAGAGCUUCUGUAAAGAAAUUGCUUAUACGAAAAAAUGCAUUUAAUUUCUUUUGGAGAAACUUGAUACAUUUUUUUAAAUUGAAAGCUCAAAUAAGAAUUAAUAUAAGUAACUGUAAUUUUAAUGUAUGUUUUGCAUUGUUAUUUAACAUUAUAUUAAACUUUUUAUUUAUCCUUUUUUGGAUAGGCAUGCGCUGUUUACCUAGCUUGCCCUGACCACACGCCACUGAACCUAAAAAUAACAAUAUUAGAGACAACUCUUCUUCAAAACUUGAUUUUUAAUUAAAAUAUUAUUUUUGUGAGUUACCUAUUACUUAUCACUACGAAAUUACUCAUAUCUAAAGAUGUUUGAUAACAAUUUUCAAAAUAUAAUUUACAUAAAUAUUAUGUAGGUAGUAGGUACUUGUGCUAACUUAUAAUAUUGUAGAAAUAAAACUUGAUGAUAUUGUAUCAAUAUAAUAGGUGCCUAUAUUGUGUAUUUAUGUGGAUAAAUGUUAAAACUUGAACUUGAAAUAGCAUAAUUUAUACUUGAUUUUUUUUUUUACCUGCAUGUUUAGAAUGUAUUAUUUAUUUUUAUUCAUCAUAAAUUACUAAAAUUUGUGUAGAGAUUUUUUGUUUAUUUAUUAAUUUAAUUAAUUAAAUGAAGCUUAUUGUUAUUCAUUUUUAUAUGAGAAUAUGAAAUUAAACCAUUUUACCAGUUCA